CCGACCGUCCCGACAUGGCCGACGACCUCUACAGCAGCACCUUCUCUGCUUCCGAAUCGGACUUCUCUUCCUCGUCUUCGCCACUGUCCUCCGCCACUGCGUCCGCUUCCUUCCUCACGCUGGAGCAGAGGGCGGCCUUCAUCUUCGUCCUCAUCCUCUUCAUCUUCCUGGGCUUGCUGAUCGUGCGCUGUUUCCGGAUCCUCCUGGACCCGUACCGCAGCAUGCCGUCCUCCACCUGGACCGACUACAUGGAGAAGGACACCUUCGACUACCGCAUUUCCUGACAGGCGGCCUGAGAGGCAGCUAACCCUGACCACCAACAAACUAAACUGAGGCGACGAUCACACUGAGAGAGUAAAGCAGAGACACAAGCGCACAUUUCCCCUCCAACGGUUUACGUAGAAACCGAAAAGUUAGGAAUUCUUUGGCAGAUAGUCUGUCUACCCGAGUAGCUACUUGAAGGUUAUGUAGAAACUUAACAUU